GUAUCCUUCUCUCUCUCUUCCGUCACUCUCACUCUUCCUCCUCUGCUUGCUUGCUUAUUAUUACAUCGAUCCUCGUUUGUCUCUCCUCUGUUUUUUUUCCUUUCUUCUUCUCCAUCGAUCUCACAAAAAUCGUGGAAACAAGAAAGACUCUUACUUGACAAACCAAUGGACUCUUCAUUGUCACCAAACCCAUUCGACCACCAAAAAACCUCAAACGCAGAGCCAAAGAAAAGCUUCAUAACCUCUCUCAUGACCCUCCGUUCCAAUCACGUCAAAGAAGACACCUACUUCGUCUCGGAGCUCAAACCCUCCGAGCAGAAAUCGCUUCAGGAGCUCAAAGACAAACUCUCGUCUUCCUCCUCCGGCGCCUCCUCCAUGUGGGGGGUCCCACUCCUCGGCGGAGACGACAGAGCUGACGUCAUCCUCCUCAAAUUCCUCAGAGCAAGGGACUUCAAAGUUGGAGACUCGCUGAGGAUGCUGGAGAAGUGUCUGGAGUGGAGAGAAGAGUUCAACGCGGAGAAACUGACGGAAGAGGAUCUUGGUUUCAAGGAUUUGGAAGGUACAGUCGCUUACAUGCGUGGAUACGACAAAGAAGGACAUCCUGUGUGUUACAACGCGUACGGUGUGUUUAAAGAGAGAGAGAUGUACGAGAGAGUGUUUGGUGACGAAGAGAAACUCAACAAGUUCUUGAGAUGGAGAGUUCAGGUUUUGGAGAGAGGUGUUAAGAUGCUUCAUUUUAAACCUGGUGGUGUUAAUUCCAUUAUCCAAGUUACUGAUCUUAAAGAUAUGCCUAAGAGAGAGCUUAGAGUUGCUUCGAACCAGAUUCUCUCUCUCUUUCAGGAUAAUUACCCUGAGAUGGUUGCUACCAAGAUAUUCAUCAAUGUGCCUUGGUACUUCAGUGUCAUCUACUCAAUGUUCAGCCCUUUCUUAACUCAUAGAACAAAGAGCAAGUUUGUUAUGUCCAAAGAAGGAAAUGCAGCCGAAACACUUUAUAAGUUCAUAAGGCCUGAAGAUAUUCCGGUGCAAUACGGUGGCCUUAGUCGUCCUACUGAUUCACAAAACGGACCGCCAAAACCCGCGUCUGAGUUCUCCAUCAAGGGCGGUGAGAAAGUUAACAUUCAGAUCGAAGGCAUCGAGGGUGGAGCAACCAUAACAUGGGAUAUAGUAGUUGGAGGAUGGGACUUAGAGUACACUGCAGAGUUUGUUCCAAACGCUGAAGAGAGUUAUGCGAUUGUGGUCGAGAAACCAAAGAAAAUGAAAUCUUCAGAUGAAGCUGUUUGCAACUCUUUCACGACACGAGAAGCUGGAAAACUCAUUCUCUCUGUUGAUAACACUUUGUCUCGCAAGAAGAAAGUCGCUGCUUAUCGUUACACUGUCCGAAAAUCUACUACUACAGUCGUCUAAUUAAGUCCUCUUUUUUUUUUUUUUUUCAAGAGAUGGGUUUCUUGUUGCUACUUUUUUUUUUGGUUGUGUUGAGGACUUUCUUUCUUGGAUCUGAGUACUAGGUUUGUUUGCUCAACGGUCGUGUUGAAUUUCGCAAAAUGCAAGUGAGAUAUGUAUAAAAACAAUGAAUGUAUGACAUUAUUAAUGUUUGGCUUAA